CUUAAACGACAAUCAAUACACGUUUGCUGUUACAAAUAUACCCCUUUCGUAACUUAUAUACAGCUAUUUCUAAAUCUGAUUACAUUCUGCCCCGAACAUAGAAAUCUUAUCGGAGGCUGUAAACUCGUCCGAUGACGACAGCGGCAGCAUCUCCGGCGGAUGCGACCGGGGUUUCCCCACCGUGCAACCGGUGCAAGGAGCAAGAAGGCACUAUAGAGCUUCGGGUUGCUGAGAGAGUGUGCAAGGCAUGUUUCGCAUACUACGUCUCCAGCAAGGCCAUCAAACGACUCGAGGCCCUGCAGCGGGAGACCUCCGCGCCCCGUAACAGCGGCAGCGGGCCCCCGGGCCAGAGGCGACCGCAGCGGUACCUAGUUGGGCUAUCAUGCGGGCCGUCGUCCACGGCUCUCCUCCACGUGCUGACGGAGAACGUGCGGCAGCAGCGGGCGAAGGGGCAGAAGACAGCGCGGUUCGAGUACGUCGCCGUGCACGUCGUUGACGAUACUUUAUCGCCGCCCUCUCCCCAGCCAGGGUCAGGAACGGCACCUCCAAAUGAAUUAGAUAGAGCGGAAGAACCGUCUUACCUCGCCGCCUACCGCGCGCGGUUUCCCGACGCGGACCUGCUCUCCGUGCCCCUGAGCUCCGCGCUCGCCCUCCGAUCCGUAGACUGGACCGCGCUCCCCUCUCCUUCCCCUGACCUACAGUCUUCCCCUGCGCAGCAGCUAUCCUCCAUCCUCGCGCUCCUACCCUCCGUAACCUCGCGCGCGGACGUCCGGCGACUCCUAGUGCGCCAUAUCCUCGUCGCCACGGCGGCGCAGCGCAACUGCGACGCCCUACUACUCGGCCACAGCACGACGUCGCUGGCAGAGCUAACACUAUCAGAAACAGCCAAGGGCCGGGGCUUCUCACUCCCAUCCCUUGUGAACGACGGCUUAGUACCAGUACCGUCUCGACUAGACCCUCUCAACUCAGACAUCGCUCCCAACACCACUAUCACCAACAACACAAACGGCAACAGCGAUGAAUCCCACUCCCAAACUCCUAUUUCCGUUCCUCCCCCAACUCCCACAACCCUACCAAUAUACUCUCCCCUCCGCGAGCUCUUCCGCAACGAACUCCUGACCUACCUCACACACACCUCUCCCCCCUUAACCCCUCUCCUCCCCGCCUCCCCCGCCGCCACAUCUAACGGCGCCGUGGUCUCGCACCGGGACCUGAGCAUCGACGACGUGCUGUCGCGGUACUUCGGCGCCGUCGAGGCGAGCUACCCGUCCGUCGUCGCGAACGUCGUGCGCACCACCGGCAAGCUCUCGCGGCUCCCGAUGCCCGCUGAGCGCGGUCAUCGUCAAGGGGCGGCGGCAGCAGAUAGCGAGGAGGGAACCGCGUGCGGUCUCUGCGGCGCCGGACUCGACGAGCAAGGGGACGAGCGGUGGAGGGGCGAGAUCGGGUCCGCUAGUAGCGCGGACGAGAUAGAGGGCAGCGGUCGGGGGAAGCCGAGGCUGUGUUACGGGUGCGAGAGAUCGGUGCGCGGAUAGUUGUUUAUUGCUUGGGUUGAACCGCAAGGCUUGGCCCUUUACCAUCUAGCAUUGCGUAGCAUAACAUACCAUAGAAUAACAUGACAUGACAUGGCAUCGCAUGGCGUGGCGUGGCAUAGCAUGACAUAGCAUUCGACGAUAUAAUGUGAUCACAAUUAAGAGUCUGAGUAUAAAUAA